AUGACUGCUGCCGGUGGAGGAACAGGCUCCAGCCUGGCUCGCGCGAUCAUCAUCGUCGCUGGUGUCUCGGCUUUGGUUUCCUCGCUCUUAUCCUUUGUCUCUAUCUGGUUCCAAACCAAAAACUACCGCAAACCACUCCUCCAGCGCUAUGUAGUUCGCAUAUUACUGAUGGUCCCGAUUUAUGCGGCAUCAUCAUGGACGAGUAUUGUGUCACUCAAGGCAGCUCAAUUCCUCGAUCCUAUCCGUGACAUCUAUGAGGCAUUUACCAUUUACACCUUCUUCCAGCUCCUUAUCAACUUCCUCGGGGGCGAGCGUGCCUUGAUCAUCAUGGCCCAUGGCCGGCCUCCUAUCUCACAUGCCUGGCCUCUGAACCAUUUUCUCCCAAAGAUCGACGUAUCAGAUCCCCAUACCUUCCUCGCUGUCAAGCGCGGGAUCCUGCAAUAUGCUUGGUUGAAGCCCAUUCUAGCUAUUGUCUCCAUCGUGAUGAAAGCGACAGACACAUACCAAGAGGGCUAUAUCGGACUAAGCUCGGGGUAUCUCUGGACAGGUAUUGUGUAUAAUGUCAGCGUCACCAUCAGUCUCUACUCACUCGCCAUGUUCUGGGUCUGUCUGCACGACGACCUGAUGCCAUUCCGCCCGAUUCCCAAAUUCCUCUGCAUCAAGCUCAUUAUCUUUGCAUCUUAUUGGCAAGGUUUCUUCUUGUCCAUUCUGCAGUGGCUGGGUGCACUAGGCGGCGUUGCUGGAUAUACUCCAGACAAUCUUGCUGCAGCAAUUCAGGACACUCUUAUCUGUUUUGAGAUGCCGUUCUUUGCCAUUGCCCAUUGGUAUGCCUUUUCGUGGCAUGACUAUGCAGACCCCACCAUUUCGGCUGCACGUUUGCCUGUGAAAUUCGCACUGCGUGAUUCGUUCGGUGUUCUGGAUCUGAUCGAGGACACCAAGAUGACCCUCCGUGGUGACAAUUAUGAAUACCGACUCUUUGACUCGGGCGAUAACGUCGUUCCGCAUGCGGAGUCUGGAUCACGGGUCAAGCGAGUCAUGGACGGCAUGAGAUACGAGCGAGGAGGCAAAGCGAAAUAUUGGAUCCCCAAACCGGGUGAAAUCAACAGUCGAACGCCUCUGCUUAGCGGAGAAUCCAGUGAGCGUAGAACUCGAAGCAGUCAAAGUUCUAGGGAAAGAUUCCGGCCUGUCAAUGAUAUCGAAACUCAAAUGGAUGAAGAGGAUGAACACCUGUUCGUUAACGCCCGAGCUUUGGAAUUCGGUGACUGGAAUUAUCCGGUAAUCACCGCCAACGAGGUGUCAGGCGACCAGCGGUUACCGCCCUCGAGAAGCUAUCAAGAAUCAAGCCGAGGUGGAGAUGUCAAAAAGGCUCGCAAGCACAGAAAGGGCCGGGCGUCAGGCGGCGAGAGCCGACGAAGCCCAAAGCCCAGACCUAGUUCGAGCGCUAGCUCAAGUACCCCUGGUCCCUUGCAGCGCGAGGCCAGCUCCACCAGCACAAACACGCGAGAGAGCCAGCUGGUGGACCUUGUGGUGGAGAAUCGAGAGGCUGAGGAGGAAGACCGAGCUCAGGUACAGCGGGAGCUUGGUUCAGUGCAUGCCGAACCUGAAACCCGACGUUAUUCACGGCCCUCCGGAGAGCCAAUCGAAGAAGAAGCUGAAACGGACCCAGCAGAGUCUAAUCACGACCGUGAAGAUCGGUCAAAGGCCUGGGUCUAUGAUGGACUGGAGCAAGACAAUGUCUGGGACAAAUAA